CAACCAUCACUUCUCAUUUCAUUUCUCUCUUAGCAUUUGUUGCAUAAAAAAAUUUCUCUCACAUAGAAGAAACUAAAAACUAUGGGGUACUUAAGUUCUUUGUUGACUUUCAUUUUUAUUUUUGCUGAUGUGGUGUUCUAUAUGACAAAAGAUGAACCACUAGUUCCAGCAUUGUUCAUCUUUGGAGACUCCAUUGUAGAUGUCGGCAACAACAAUUACAUAUAUGCUUCUGUUAAAGCAAAUUUCUUUCCUUAUGGAAGAGACUUUGUGACUCGCACUCCAACGGGAAGAAUGUCGAAUGGAAAGCUUAGUGUAGACUAUGCUUCUGAAUACGCUGGAUUUAGCUCCUACCAACCAGCUUACCUAAGCUUAAAUACCAAAGGAGACAACCUCUUGAACGGUGCCAACUUCGCGUCAUCUGCUUCUGGUUACCAUUUUUCCAUAGCUGCACUAUAUCAUGCAGUUCCAUUAAUGCAGCAGUUGGAACUUUAUAAGGAUUGUCAAAAGGAAUUGGUUAAAAUAGCAGGGAAAACAAAUGCAACUUCAAUUAUAUCUGGUGCAGCAUAUAUUCUUGUUGCUGGGGCUGGUGAUUUUGCAGAAAAUUACUACAUAUAUCAUUCAGGCAUGGCCUCUCGACCUUGUCAUUUUAACUUAGAAAACCUUGACUUGUAUGCACUAGGAGCAAGGAAGAUUGGUGUAACAAUGUUACCUCCAAUUGGUUGCAUACCUAUAAUCAUCACUCUUUAUGGCUCCGGUAACAACAAGUGUGUGGAGGAAAUAAAUGACGUGGCUUUAAACUUUAAUAAAAAACUCAAUUUCACCACAGAGAACCUUGUAAAAAUGCUUUCUGGCCUCAAUUUGGUCUUCUUUGACCUCUAUCAACCUCUUUAUGAACUUGUUACCAAACCUUCUAAUUAUGGGUUUUUUGAAGCAAGAAAGGGUUGUUGUGCAUCAGGCUUGGUUGAGGUUGGUUUUACGUGUAAUCGAAAGUCCAUCGGAACAUGUGCAAAUGCAUCUGAGUAUGUAUUUUGGGAUAGUUUGCAUCCCACACAAGCUACAAACAAGUUUUUGAUAGAUCGUUUGAUUCCUGCUAUCAUCUCCCUUGUAUAUAAUUAGUUUAUGAUUGAAAUAUAUGUAUUUACCAAAAGAAAAGUCUCUUUUGGUAAAUACAUAUAUCUAUCCAGUGUUAUUUUAGAGGUCGACUUUUAAGUUAUUUAAUUAUAAUAAGUUGGUUUUUAAGUUUUUUCCCGUAGAACUUAUAUUCUUGAAGUUAUUUAAUUGUGAAUUCAUGAAUCCAGAAGGUUAAUAAUACCAGCUUUUAUUAUA